AUGUCAAUUAAUCUCAAUCUAAAUUAUUAUUUACCGUUCGUAAUAAUAGAUAUAGCUGAGACUAGUCCCGAUCGGGCGAGCUGUCUCAGCGCAGACUCGAGAUUCCCAGCCAUCGCAUUUCAACCCACCAGCUCGCCGAUGGCUGGAUUUUCUAUCCCUUCGCUGGCCGCGGCACAUAUCGAGAAGCUUAGGCACAUUCCGGCAUCGAUCGACAAAAUGCUAUUUACACCCUUAUUGAUAGGCGCAACCUCAAUCGCUGCCCGGGUAUCAGCAAGCACAGAGACAAACCAGCAAAGCAAUGGCGAAACAGCUCUGUCCACCAAAAAACCCGUAGGCAUACGGAAGAUGAGCAAUGACUCGGGAGAAAAGUUCUUCAUGCACUACUGGCACUUUGAGGGCGACGAAAAUGCUGCAAACACGACAGAAACUCAGGAUAGCACCUCACACACCGAACAAAUUCAACGCAGCUCUAUCCUGCCUCGCGAGUACUAUUUUCAGCCGCCGCUUUUUGAGCGCUCUGUACCUCUCGCUCCAAGGGACUUUCAGUGUCCAGCGGGGACGAAAGCAUGUACGUCCAUUGACCGAUCGGAUAUCUGCUGCGGUACGGACGAGACGUGUGUGCAGGUUGAGGAUACCGGGUCUGGGGACGUGGGCUGUUGUCCGGCUGGGCAGGACUGUUCGGGGACAAUUGGGUCUUGCUGGGAGGGAUACACUACCUGUCCGUCUUCUCUUGGAGGGGGGUGCUGCUUCCCUGGCUACGAGUGUGUCGAUGGGGGCUGUAAGUACCUAAACUAUUCUACAAGAAAGGGUCGGUCUAACAUAAACACCAGGCUCUCAUGUGGUCACUGUCACACUAACCUUUUCCUCGACGACACUGACGACUACCUCGACAGAGACGGUUCGCCCGACGAGCACCCCAGAGCCCACUACCACAAGCAGCACAUCGUCAACGGGAGAUUUGUCUCCGCCCGAUCGACCUACAAGUUCAACUACAAGCACAAGCUCCGAAACAGAAACCGAACCGUCCUGUCCAACCGGCUUCUACGCGUGCUCCGCAGUCUACCACGGCGGGUGUUGCCAGACGGGUCGAGACUGCGACACCACCUCGUGCCCGGCUCUAUCAUCCACGACAAUUACGACAGUGAAGAGAGCGGCCCGAAGGAGUGUGCGAGUGGCUGGUUUAGCUGCGCAGACACUGUCGGCGGCGGAUGCUGCCCAACUGGAUAUGCGUGUGGAUCGAGCUGUACGGCAGUGCCGGCUGGGUCGACGACGGGGACGGUGGACAAAGUGGCGCCGACGGUCGAGUCGAAGGCUGGAGUUGUGAAGAUGAACUGGGGUUCGUGGGCUGUAUUGACUGUGAUGAUGCUAUGA